UUUUCAUACUAAUCGAACACAGACUGUGACUCCACACCGCUCGAUGCGUCUGGCACGUCGUCUCUGUUUGUUACUUCAGCCUGGCUGCAUACAGACGUGUUUCUGUGCGACGUGGAGGCAUAUCUCCUCGGCUAAGACAACACAUUCAAAAUGACAGUACUACCUCACCUUAGUUAAAAAACAACUGGAACGGUAGUUUGCGAUGGGCAUAAUUCAAAGCUCAAUAGUACCCGACGGGGGGACAAGUGGAUACCAUGUCCAUGGGAUCCAAGAGAACUCCCCUGCACACCAUGCUGGUUUGGAGCCAUUCUUUGACUUCAUCCUAUCAAUAGGAAACACCAGCCUGAACAGAGAGAAUGACCUGCUGAAGGCCCUUCUGAAGGCCAACGUGGAGAAGGCAGUGAGGCUGGAGGUGUGGAGCACCAAGGCUCUUCGGGUCAGAGAGCUGGAGGUGGUUCCUAGCAACAUGUGGGGGGGUCAGGGGCUCCUGGGGGCUUCUGUACGCCUCUGCAGCUUCCAGGGAGCCCAUGAGAAGGUCUGGCACAUCCUGGAUGUGGAAUCUAAUUCCCCAGCAGCGUUGGCUGGCUUGCAGGCACACCAAGACUUCAUUGUUGGAGCAGACCAGGUGUUGCCAGAUUCUGAGGACUUGUUCACCCUGAUCGAGAGCAACGAGGGCAAGCCUCUGAAGCUGCUGGUCUACAACACUGGGACAGACCUCUGUAGAGAGCUGGUGGUUACCCCCAAUGGAGCCUGGGGCGGAGAGGGCAGCUUAGGUUGUGGUAUUGGAUUCGGCUACUUGCACCGAAUCCCAAGCCGUCCUGUUAACCUGAACAGCCAUGGGGCCCGUCCUUUACCUGAUGACAACAGCAGAACCCGAGAGAUCCCCCCUGGCCACCACACUGAGCCGGGUGAAGGAGUGUUGGGUCCGCAUCAGCCCAUCCAGGUCCCCUCUAUACAUCUACCUCCUCCCAUCCAGAGAAUCAUGGACCCAGAUUCCUCCAGUAUCUCUGAGGCUCUGACACCUGACCUAUCAGAGAUGGUCUCCUCCAUUGACAUGGGUCACAUGACCAAGGACGUGUCCAUGCUAGCCAAUGACGGGGAUGUCUCCUGUCGUCAACACCACCCCAACCCCCAAGACCUGACGUCCCCUCCCUCUGGUGGAGCCGCCACAGGGGACCUGAUCAGUCAUGGCCCUGUCUGACACUGCUACAUCACUGGACCAGGGGGUU